AUGACAGGCGAACGCAAGAAAAGCCGACGUAUGUCGGUUAGAAGCUUUAACUGGGCAAUAGUCAACACCAUGAUAGAGGAGGGUGAGCGCGGCCGAGAGAUGACCGCGUCCCUCGAUACAGGCGACAACCAUCACGGCGACGCUAACCGCCAUCAAAAUGACAACGGCGUGUUCACAGUAUCAGUAACAGGUGGUUACGACAAUGAGGCCUACAAAGGCGGCGACGGAGACUAUCCGCCAAAGAAACCUCCGAGGGAAAUCACGGACGAAGAGGCUUCUCAACAAGGAAAAUUUAAAUUGUCCCGCAAGGAGAAAUGGAGGAUAUUGAAAAACGUAUCGGCUGUGUCGUGUGCCUUCAUGAUCCAAUUCACUGCCUUCCAGGGAACGGCAAACUUACAGAGCAGUAUUAAUGCUAAAGAUGGACUUGGUACAGUGUCUCUUAGUGCAAUCUAUGCAGCCCUCGUUGUUAGUUGCAUUUUCGUGCCCACAUUUUUAAUUAAGAGGUUAACAGUGAAAUGGACUCUUUGUGUGUCAAUGUUGUGUUAUGCUCCAUAUCUGGCGGCGCAAUUCUAUCCAAAAUUUUAUACCCUCGUACCUGCCGGCGUUAUCCUCGGUAUUGGAGCGGCGCCUAUGUGGGCCUCCAAAGCCACCUAUCUUACACAAGUGGCAGGAGUCUACGCCAAACUCACGGACCAAGCCGUCGAUGGAAUAAUUGUCAGAUUCUUUGGAUUCUUCUUUUUGGCAUGGCAAACUGCUGAAUUGUGGGGAAAUCUUAUCUCUUCUUUAGUUUUAAGCAAUCCUCAUGGAAGCGGCAGCGACUCCGGCAACAAAACAGGCGGUUACGAUGUGUGCGGCGCAAAUUUCUGCGUUAUGAGCAAUCUUAACAAUGACAAUCUCGAAAGGCCGGCAGACAGUGAAAUCUACGAGAUAUCCUCAAUUUAUUUGGCAUGUAUCGUAGCAGCCGUCGUCCUUAUCGCCAUCAUGGUGGACCCCCUUUCAAGAUACGGUGAAAAACAAAGGAGAAACAGCACCGUCGAACUGAGCGGAAUCCAACUUCUUUCAGCCACUGCAUACCAACUGAAAAAACCAUACCAACAACUAUUGAUCCCUAUAACAAUAUGGAUCGGCAUGGAGCAGGCUUUCAUCGGGGCGGAUUUCACCCAAGCUUACGUUUCCUGUGCUUUGGGCAUCCCAUCCGUGGGCUACGUUAUGAUCUGCUUCGGCGUCGUCAACGCCAUCUGCAGUUUGCUUUUUGGUACUGUGAUGAAAUACAUUGGAAGGGCGCCAAUUAUGAUUUUUGGAGCGUUGGUUCACGUUGCCCUGCAAAUUUGGCUUCUCAUCUGGAGACCACAUCCAGAAAAUCCUAUUGCCUUUUUCAUUGCUUCAGGACUUUGGGGUGUUGGUGACUCUGUAUGGCAGACACAAGUAAACGGACUUUAUGGUACACUGUUCAGAAGAAACAAGGAAGCAGCUUUCUCUAACUACCGUCUUUGGGAGAGUGUGGGCUUCGUGAUAGCCUAUGCUUACUCGACUCAUCUGUGUGCCCGCAUGAAGCUUUACGUGAUGCUUAUCAUCCUGGUAACAGGUGUGUUCAUGUACGCCAUCGUUGAAAUUCAUCACAUGCGCAAAAUCAGGAGACAGAAAUCCAAGGAAAAGAAGGCCGCCGCUCUCGAGGCCAGCAAACAACCACCAGAACCAGAAGAGACCGACGAUGAAAAAGACGAUAUUGAUGAUGAAAUUAUUGUUACACAUUUGUAA